AUGCUAGAUGUUGUGCUUGAUGACGUCUUGGACGAAGAUGUCAUAGCGCUCGAGGAUGUCGUGGCGCUAGACGUGGUUUUGCUCGACUUCGUGCUGGGAGUAGUGCUAAAUGUUGUGCUUGAUGACGUUUUGGACGAAGAUGUCGUAGCGCUUGAGAUCGUCGCCCUAGAUGUAGUGAUUGAUGAUAUAGUGCUAGUAGUUGUGCUUAGCGAAGACUGGAACGUAACACUCGAGGAAGUCUUUGUAGACGUCUUUGAGGAAGAUUUUGCAGUGCUUGAGGAUGUCUUUGUCUGCGAGGUGGACGACGUAGGGCUUGAGAAAGUUGACUUUGACGAACUACUGGUCUUCGAAGUGGUACUCCACGUUGUCUUCGAUGUGUAUGCUGAACUCGAACUUGGAGUAGUUUGA